AUGCCGGAGGUCCUGGCGAGCUACCGAGCCCGAGCAAUUUUGGGCACAAUAAUCACUUUUACCAUAACUUCAACUAUAUCUGUUGUUCUCCGCUUAAUUUCCAAACGCAUCAACCGGGCGCAGUUGGGGAGAGAAGACUAUGUUGUUCUGGUAGCACAGUUUUUACUUUAUGGCAUGGCCAGCGCCCAGAUUCUUGAUGUCUUCAUGGGAUACGCAGGGCAUCAUGCCGCAGAAACAGAACCAUGGCGCAUCGUCGUCUCCUUGAAGCUUCUGGUCGCUAUGCAGGUCUUCUACGCGUCUACUCUGACUUUGAUCAAAACUUCCAUCUGCCUCUUCUACCUCCGCAUCUUCUCUACAGUAAAGCGAUUCCAAAUCAUCUGCUGGGCAGUGAUUGGAUUCAUCCCACUCGCGUUCAAUUGGGAUCAAAGUAUUCCAGGGGGAAAGUGUGCAAACGAGCCCGCAGCGUUCAUUGCCGUUGGUGUCUUGGACCUUGCGUCAGACGUUUGCGUGUUCGCUCUUCCUAUACCAAUGAUCUGGAACUUGCAUGCUCCUAUGGCAACGCGUGCCGCACUUUCUAGUGUAUUUGGACUUGGGCUUCUAACCAUGGUUGUUAGCAUCCUACGUAUAGUGGCGCUAGUAGCUACGGACUUCGCCGAUAUUACCUACACCGAGGCAUAUCCUCUGUUGUGGAGUUUCUUGGAGCCUGCAAUAGGUAUUACCGUGGCUUGUGGACCCCUGCUAGGCCCAUUGGUCAAGAAAACUCGAUCAUUUGCUUCCUCACACCCAUCAGACAAGCACAACUCAACCAGCGAGGAAGCUCCCUUCGGUCGCUUGCCAUCGGAGCGCGAUUCUGCAGCUACGAGUGAGCUUGGUGAGUGGCCUGGAGUUAUCACCAAGGUGUCUGGACCAAAUCCUGCGUCUUAUCACAAACCCUCGCACGGUUCCGAGGACUCUGUGGGCAGUGCGGGUAUCGGCGUGCGAACCGAAUGGAAAUCGCAUGUCAGUCAUAAGAACAAUAUCUAA